GAGAGAGUAUUAGUGAUUGCGAAGAUGGGCUUAUUGAAGAAAAAAGAUUCAACUUCAGCUCGCUCCUCUACUUCUCCCUGCGCCGAUUUGCGAAACGCUUACCACAAUUGCUUCAACAAAUGGUACUCGGAGAAGUUUGUUAAAGGGCAAUGGCAUAAAGAAGAGUGUGUUGCCGAGUGGAAAAAGUACAGAGACUGUCUCUCGGAGAAUUUAGAUGGUAAGCUUCUCACUCGCAUUUUGGAAGUAGAUGGUGAGCUGAAUCCAACAAAGCAAGCUGCUGAUUCAAAAGAAUCUAGUUCAUGAUACUUGAUUCCCAUGUUUUUUUGUCGAUAACAUUGUCACUUUAAAGAAGAUUGAACAACUCUUUUAGCAGGAAACCAUAAAAUCAUAGAAUACAA